AUGUCUCUUCAGCUUCAGCUACAUCUUCCUGGUUUUGCUGUUGGGCGCGUGAAAUCAACCACACGGCCGCUGCGUGCACGAAGAGUCAAAACCUUGGCUACUCUGUCGCAACCCCAAAGCGACGGCGUUAACUGGGUAGAAGCAACUUCAAGUUUCUUCGAGCAAGACAAAAGACCCAUCAUGUUAUUUGACGGUGUAUGCAAUUUGUGUAAUGGAGGAGUAAAGUUUGUUCGUGAUAAUGAUCGAAAUAAGACAAUCAGAUAUGAAGCUCUUCAGAGUGAGGCUGGUAAGAUGUUACUUAGGAGAUCAGGAAGAGCCCCUCAUGAUAUCUCAAGUGUUGUUCUCGUUGAAAAUAAUAGAUCAUACAUAAAGUCAGAAGCUGUGCUGAAGAUAAUGGAGUACAUAGACUUACCCUUUCCUCAACUAGCGUUUCUUCUUCACUUCAUGCCUUUGUUUGUCAGAGAUUUUGUUUAUGACAAUGUUGCAAAUAACCGUUACACCGUUUUCGGUCGCUCUGAAUCAUGUGAAAUUUAG